GGUUCCCGGACUCAUUUGCUUGUACCUUUCCCUUCUAAGAAGCUGCUUCUACUUUUUGGAGAGAUUUGGAAUGCAUUGCACUAUAGUAUACAAUACACAAGUUUUAGUGAAAGCAUAACGUUUACUGCAGCAUUAAAUUAUUUUUGGCUUCCUAAAUGAUGAACAAUGUGCGGGAAGGGGAUGAAUAAUCAACAGAAUCUGAUCGAUUGAACUUUUUCAGAAGGAUAUCGUUUGAGCAGGUUUUUUAAUAAACCGCCCUAUGCGUUCAACUGCUAUCCCAGGCCACACCACGUGGAAGUUUACAGGUUUACUUUGGGGAGUAGUACCGAACGCGGUUAUAUGGUAAAUUAUACCUUUGCACGAGAGAAUUUGCUACUACCACUACAGCCUCAGUCUUGCCCUUCGGUUCGUAAUGAUAGCCACCAUGUUGCGCACUACGACGUUUCGGUGAUUUGCCCACCUAUAGCCUCUCGCCCAAAACGUAGUUUGCUCUACACAUUUUGAGUAAGGACAAAAGUCCGCCUAAUAAUGAAAUAUUCACAUAGUGCGCGGCUGUAAUAGCUUGUUUACAUCACCUCUUCGGAACUCGAGAAAGAGAGGAUAUAGGGUUUUUUUCUAACCAUGAUGAAUAAUUUUUGGCUUAAAUAUAGUGCUAAGUAUAUAAAAGGGUAAACGUUUCGUUUGUUUAUUCAUACGUUUAAUCACUGUGUUUCAACACAACGCAGGACAAGCGGUAAUUUUUUUUGUAUUCUAUUUUCACGUUGACCUCAAGAUUAAAUUUAUUGGGUUUAACCCUGACUCCUGCUAUAUUUUUCCUCAUUUUCGUACUUAUCUUUCUUGAACUCUCAUUCGUCACACGUGAGAUGCGUAUCAUCCUCCUCUUCUCCCUCUAUCGUCAUGAGAUAAAUCACGCAUAUAAACAUAGCGAGCUUAUAAACACUUCUUUCCAAGAAUAAAAUUGGCAGCUUCAAACUUUUCUUUAUCAAGGAUAAGCUUAAACGCCUCGUAAGCGCAAGAAGUGUUCUCUAUGAUAGAAGCCAUAAAUAAUAGUCAAAACAAAUAAGUCUUAUGCUUUACCCAAAAUGUCUCAUCCUGUUUCAUGCUCAGGUCGCGAUGGGGUAAGACCACCUAAGGAGCUACUCCCCAUCAGCAUCAUGCGUCUUAUGUCAGAUUAUGCAACUCAAACCCUUGAGGAGCUCUCCGCACUGCAGGAUUCUUCAUGGCCAAUAGGAUCAAAACCACAGUGCAAAACCGAUGAUGAAGACAAAGUAUCGUUCUCAGGUGCGCCUAACGAAGAAAUGAUGUCGCGAUCUGCUGAUAUGGCCGAACUCCCCACGGAUGAGUUACGAGAGCUAUCUUUUCGAACGAAACGUAUCGAACGGGUUGUCAGUCUGGUAGAGCAGUGGGCGCGUCGUCAGCAAGGGGGUACGCUAUAUCGAGGCCGGCAAGGGCAUCUCUCCGAUCCCACAAACACGCAAUGGAAUAAGGGGAUGUUGGGCUCUAAAAACCAAAUCGGCAGUUCCAGACGAGCGGGCUCAGGCGUGUUCUCGGUCAGAGCGCAUAGCGCAGUGGCAGUUCGGGCGAUAGAAGGUCUCCACGAUUGCCUCGCUAUGCUCAGUACGACGGAGAUUCUUUCAGUUGAUGCUAAGCACACAGACGAGAACUCUCCUGUGAUUAAGCCUGUCGCACGUUCAAGGGGAUUGAUGGAGGUUGCCAUUGAGCUUUCCAGUACCAACGUACGAACCGCGUUUCGCAGGGUGAGGAAAAGUGCGACCGAAACGAAGGCAGUGAGUUCACUUAGCAGUUCCACUACUCAUGCUAUUGAUGGAACGGAAGAGACACAAGAAAGUCUAAAGCGCCCGAGAUUCCCGGGCGCUGAUAAAGAGCUCCGAAGGAGUCAUACGGGGGUAGGGAACGUGGUAUCGAGCAUAUUCGAGGAAGUUUCGUCAUCUCAAAGGAAGCAGCGGUUCGCCCUGUACACAGGACGGGUUCCGCUUUUACCGAGGUUGGAUGCCCUCGCCAGGGGUAUGGCCGCAGAUUCCUCGACCUUUAUCUACCUCUCGCCUGCAUUGCGGCAGUAUGCGGCUCUGAACCUCUCGGCGGAGAGGCAGAUGCUCCAGCGCGCAUGGCGCGUAACCAGCAAAGCACAGCUUUUGCUGCAGCUUCCUCGCCUGUAUCAGGCCGAAGAGGCGUAUCGAGAACAGCUACGUGAUAUCUCAUCAAGGCUAGGGGACUCCGAUGGUAAAUCGUUGCUAGAUCCUGACCGACACACUUAUUUUCAGUUUGUGCACGUCAAUGAAGGCGUCAUACGUGUGGGCAUUCAACACGGCCUCUUCGUGGACUUUACCUAUAACUGUGCGGGUGGACAAUGGAUCGUUUUAAAGCUGCAUUGGAAUGUGUGGGUGCCUGCUGCCUCUCUUUGGUUUUCCUCAUCGGUUUCACCAGAGGCGACGGAGGACUCCUCUGGGAGGAUCGGAGCACCCCUCGAGACGACGGCAGGAGCUUCUAACGUCGGUGUGCCUGCUGACGGCUGCGGCAUUCACAUCGUAUUACCACAACGCCAGGAUGUGAUGCUGCGUUUUAUCCAGAAGAACCUCACCAAGGGGGGUCUAGAAAGUGGUCUGCUCGCCGCCAAUCAUUUGCUCUGUACCGUGGUGAUUGAUACUUUGGCGAAGCAAGCCAGGCAGCUACAGGAACACUUCUUUGUGUCGCUACUCAAAGCUUAUUUUGCGGUAGACAUUCGACCGGGAUCCCACCUCGCGGUGCAGCUCAGGCUUCCCAUCGCCAACCAUCAAGUGCAGCCCGAUGACAAAAAUGCUUCGGCUUUUUUGAUGAAUCUGCAUAAGUUCUAUUUAACCGGCGGCACUGUGCUUCUGGAGUCGACGACGACGAGCAGGAAUGUCGUCACGCAUGGCAACUCGAACACUCAGCUUUUACUAUCCGAUGCGUCUCUGGUAGACAGAAAUAAGUUACUUGUGAACCUUGAGCAGUGGUUAUGGGAGAGUGCCUUCUCCACGUAUAACGCUCCUCAAGUGGCGUCUCAUUAG